AUGCAGCUCGAUCGAUCCGCCAUGGCCGCCUCCGCGGUCGUCCUCGCCGUCGCUGCUUCCCUCGCCGCGGUGCUGCCCGCCGCUCGCGCAGAGAUCAAGACGACGUCCAUUGUCUCCGACUCGCGCUCCGUGAUCCUGUUCGAGGAGUUCGGCUUCAGGCGCGGCGGCCGCGCCGCCGUCACCGCCACCGGCGUCGGGUGGAAGGUCCCCGAGGGGUCCCAGAUCAAGGCCGCGGACCCGACCCUCAUGGGCUUCUUCCUCAUCUCCAACUCCCUCAUCUACCUGAUCAACAACGAGUCCGACUACGCCGAGGCCACUGGCACCGCCUUCUGCCCGCUCACCAGCAAGUACGUGCAGCCGCUCUUCCGGUUCAAGGAGAUCGCGCCCGACGGCACCGGGAAGGGCUCCCUGACCAUCGACGCCGACGACCAGUACACGGUGCUUUUCAGCAGCUGCCAGGACGGCGUCGAGGUCACCAUGGAGGUGCGCACCGAGAUGUUCAACGUCCGCCGCUCCGGCGCCAAGGAGUACCUGCCCGUCGGCCUGCUGCCGCUGCCGGGCAUCUUCGCGGCCGCGUCCGUCGUGCACUUCGUGUUCCUGGGAACGUGGCUGUACGUCUGCGUCAAGCACUGCAAGACCGCGGAGCGCAUCCACGCCGUGAUGGGCGCGCUGCUGCUGUUCAAGGCGCUCAAGCUGGCGUGCGCCGCCGAGGACCAGUGGUACGUGGAGCGCACCGGCACGCCGCACGGGUGGGACGUCGCCUUCUACGUGUUCGGCUUCUUCAAGGGCAUCCUGCUCUUCACCGUCAUCGUGCUCAUCGGCACUGGCUGGUCCUUCCUGAAGCCAUACCUCCAGGAGCGCGAGAAGAACGUGCUGAUGAUCAUCAUACCCCUGCAAGUGAUCGAGAACAUCGCGUCGGCAGUGAUCGGGGAGACGGGCCCGGCGGGGCGGGACUGGCUGGCGUGGAACCAGAUCUUCCUGCUGGUGGACGUCAUCUGCUGCUGCGCCGUGUUCUUCCCCAUCAUCUGGUCCAUCCGCAACCUGCGGGAGGCGUCCAAGACCGACGGCAAGGCGGCGCGGAACCUCCAGAAGCUCACCCUCUUCAAGCAGUUCUACCUGGUGGUCGUCUGCUACCUCUACUUCACCCGGAUCGCCGCGUCCGCCGUCGCCGCCGUGCUCAGCUACAAGUACCAGUGGGUCGUCAACGUCUCCAUCGAGACGGCGAGCCUCGCCUUCUACGUGUUCGUGUUCUACAACUUCCAGCCGGUAGAGAAGAACCCGUACCUGUAUGUCGGCGACGACGAAGAGGAGGCCGCGGGUGGGCAGCUUGAGAUGGAGAGCACUUUUGAGAUCUGA